AUGGAUCAAAACUUCGACAAGAGACAGAGGCCGUCGCAGCAACCUCCCUACAGCGCGGUGCUCCACUCGGUGCAAAGACAGCCUGGGAAAGCACCGCACAAGAAGCCCGACCAGUCGCCGGCGCCAAAGGUGUACCGGGUGGAUCCCCGGGGAUUCCGGACGCUUGUCCAGCAGCUGACGGGGGCGACCCAUUCGGCAGCCCCACCACCGCGCCAGCGGCCGCUGAGGGACACUGCCCCGCAGCUGCCUCCACUCAAGUUGGCAGCUCCGGUGAUGUCAGGUGGCGCCCAUUACUCUAAGAUCAUUGCUCCGGACGCCCAGUCUCCCACAGAAUUUCUGCAAGGUCUGCUGUCUCCGUCUUUGUAUUCGAGUUGGUGUUCCUUUCCACCCUUGAGCCCUGCCGGCGACUUUGGCAGCAUGGACCUAUAG